CCGACCGCCUUCCCGCCUCCUGAGCUCCAGGCGGAGGAGGGGAGAACGGCGCACCGAGGGGCGGAGUUUGUUGGGGGAAGAUGGCGGCCGCCAGGGGCCUGUCCUUAACGGCCACGGCCCUGAGAGCGGUCAUUCCCUGGCGGAGGGGCAGGCUCUCCGCAUCCUGUCCGGGACUUCAGACGCGUUGGGAGGCAUCGUCUUCCAGCCCCGAGGCUAGCGAAGGGCAGAUCCACCUUACAGACAGCUGCGUCCGGAGGCUUCUGGAAAUCACCGAAGGGUCAGAAUUCCUCAGGCUGGAGGUGGAGGGAGGUGGAUGCUCGGGAUUCCAGUACAAAUUUUCACUGGAUACAGUUGUCAACCCCGACGACAGAGUAUUCGAACAGGGUGGGGCAAGAGUUGUGGUUGAUUCUGAUAGCUUGGCCUUCGUAAAGGGGGCCCAGGUGGACUUCAGCCAAGAACUGAUCCGAAGCUCAUUUCAAGUGUUGAACAAUCCUCAAGCAGAGCAAGGCUGCUCCUGUGGGUCAUCCUUCUCUGUCAAACUUUGACUUGAUGACUGGUGAUCCAGAGAUUGCCAUCAGUUGUACCAAUCUGAGGAACUGCGAUUAGUAGAAUUCUAGAAGUUUCCUUCUAAUCAUGUCCCUCUCUCAAUUUUAUUUUUCUUAAUUCAGAAGUGUUGUGUUCUUCCACUAUUAUUUUCAGAAUGUGAAGCUUUUACACUUGGCCUAAAUUACUCCCCAGCUCCUAUACAAUGCUAAGGCCAAGCUUAUAGAUGUUGUUACCUCAUAUUUAAUUACUGGUUGAAACCUAGUGUACUCUAUAGAGCCUCCAAUCCUCCAAAAUUGGAGUUACUUCUCUAGCCUCCAGAAUGUUUGAACAUAUAUGUAUAACAAUGUAUAAAAGCUUAAGUUUAAAGAAAGUCCUUAGAGUGUUUUGGAUCAAUUUUAUAGAUUGGGUAACUUGAACACUGAUUACUAGAUCAGAACUGAUGAGAAAGGCCUAUGAAUUGUUAUCUUUUUCAUUUCACCCUUUCACACCCCCACCCCACCCACCUUCUGGGGCUUGAAACAGGAGUGCUCUACUGCUGAGCUACAUCUCCAGGCCUUUUUGUUUUUUAUAUACAUUUUUUUUCUCACUGAGUUAUGCAGGUUCACCUUGAACUUACAAUUCUCCUUUCUUAGCCUCCUAAGAAGCAGAGAUUACAGGUAUGUGCCACAAAUUAGCUUCACAUUUCACCCUUUAUGAAUGUGCUACUGAUAUUUUCUUAUUUUCUAUGCAGCCCAUUCACUACUUCCCAUGUGAUAUUGUCAUAUUCACAGAUCUGCUAGGAUUAAAAAAAAAAAACAAGAGCCAUCCCCCAGAAAACUUGGGAAAACUCUGAUACCUGAAUAACUU